CAAGGGGCCUGACGUAAACUGAAUAUAUCCAUUGCAUAGAUAUUGAACCAACUUUGUGCAAAUGACACAGAUUAACUUGUUAUCACCACAGACAUCAGACAGAAACCAUCGAAAUCACAUUUAUCUGCGUUCAGUGUUAAUUUAGCAGCGGAACGGUAAGGCGGAUAGCACCUUCUAUCUAGUUUUAACACAAUGAUCAGAACAGGAUUGCAAUUUGUAUCUAAAAAUGGAUGCAGUUUGAUGCAAAGCUCAAGAUGUCUUUCCAUUACAUCGACACGUCUGAAGCAAACGCAGCCACCGGCCAACAUGUCCUUCAUGGCGAACCUGUUCCGAGGGGAAAUUCAAACUUCGCAAGUGUUCCCCUACCCGGAAGCUGCCGAUCAAGAGUUGAGGGAACACAUUCGAUCUCUGGCAGACCCCGUGUAUCGGUUCCUCGCUGAACGAUACGAUCCAGCGGAAAGUGAGAAACUGGAAGGUCCUUCGGAAACCAUAACAAAUGAAUUGUGGGAAAUGGGAUGUUACGGUUUCAUGGCACCAGAGGAGUACGGUGGACUGAACCUUACCAACACCGGUUACGCAACUAUGGGUGAUGCAAUUGGAGGGGCUGAUUUGGGCUUAGCAGUGGUCGUUGGUGCUCAUCAAGCUAUUGGAUGGAAAGGAAUUUUGCUUUUUGGUACCGAAGCGCAGAAGCAGAAAUAUAUGCCUAUGGUCAUCAGCGGUAAAACCGUUGCUGCAUUUGCGCUAACAGAACCUAGCUCAGGUUCAGAUGCGGGGUCCAUCAGAAGCAAAGCUGUCAAAAGUUCAUGUGGGAAGUUUUACACUCUGAAUGGGACUAAGCUGUGGAUUACGGGUGGCGGUAUAGCAAAUGUUUUUACGGUUUUCGCUCGAACAGAUGUUACAGAUUCACGCACUGGACAAAAGAAGGACAAGGUGACUGCGUUCAUCGUUGAACGUGGCUUCGGCGGUGUAACGAAUGGACCUGAAGAAGACAAGAUGGGCAUUCGAUGUUCAAACACCACAGAAGUGUACUUUGACGAUGUGAAAGUUCCGGUGGAAAAUGUACUCGGAGGGGAAGGCAAUGGAUUCAAGGUGGCCAUGAAUAUUCUGAACAAUGGAAGAUUCGGUAUGGCAUCCCUUCUCGCGGGAACAAUGCGAACCUGCAUAGCUAAGGCGGCUGAACAUGCGAAUGCACGUGUUCAGUUUGGAAAGAAAAUUAAAGAAUUUGGAAAUGUGCAAGAAAAGCUGGCUCGCAUGGCGAUGCUACAAUAUGUAACACAAACCUUAGCUUAUAUGAUUGCUGGAAAUAUGGACACCGGAUCGAAGGAUUUCCACCUGGAAGCAGCAAUAUCCAAAGUGUUUGCGUCGGAUGCCGCGUGGUAUGUUUGCGACGAAGCUAUUCAAAUUCUGGGCGGGAACGGAUAUAUGAAAUCUGCUGGACUUGAGAAAACUUUGCGGGAUAUAAGAAUCUAUAAGAUCUUCGAAGGAGCUAACGACGUACUGCGACUUUUCGUUGCAUUGACUGGAAUUCAGUAUGCAGGAUCACACUUGAAAGAAAUUCAAAAAGCGUUCAAGAACCCAACGGCGAACUUGGGGUUGAUAUUCAAGGAAGGUUCUCGGAGGGCAGCCCGUAGUAUGGGAGUCGGUGGAUGCGAUUUAAGCCAAUUCGUGGCUGCACCUUUGAAAGAAUCGGCAAAACAGUGCUCCGAAAGCAUAGACAUGUUUGCGUUGGCUGUUGAAUCGCUGCUUAUCAAGUACGGUAAACGAAUUGUCGAUGAGCAGUUUCUGUUGACUCGAUUAGCUGAUAGUGCCAUUGACAUCUAUGCUAUGACCGCUGUGCUGUCACGUGCAACACGGGCUUUGAAGCAUAAUCUACCGGCCGCGGAACACGAGAUGCUGAUGGUGAAGGCCUGGUGCAUUGAGGCAAGUAACCGAGUUAACAAUAAUUUGAAACGAGUCAACAAGCACGUGCAUUUGGAAAAUUAUAAAACCCUGGCUCUCAUUGCAAACAACGUCUGCGAUAACGGAGGAGUAGUGCAGAAACUACCAUUGGAAAUUUAACAUAUCAAGAAUAAAAGAAUAUGAGCUAAA